UUUAAUUACCAAUUGCUACUGUGACCUAGGUCUGGGAAGGUCAUUUUCACGAUAUACACUACCAUAGAAAAAUAUUUUUCUAUAAACUUGACCUUUCUAUUUGACCAAUGAGGGAGUUAGAGGGAAACUUAGGUCGCAAAAAUUCAAGUCAUGGGUGAGGGUUGAAGGAGGACGAGAUGUCUGCAGAGGUAUGAAGGCAAAGAAAAAAAAAAAACUGGGGAAAGCAUUCUUUAGGAUGAUGAUCACAAAGUGAAGGAGGUUGAAGUUAUGGUGGUUAUUCAGUAGUGGAAUUCAAAUGCUAGAAUAAUGUAAUGCAAACUGAUGCCGGCUUAUGUAGCUUGCUAUAUAGUAUGAGAUGUCUUUUUAUAUUUUAUUUUAAACCACAUAAGCUAAGCCAGCAAUCUGUUAACUAUUUAACGAAGAUUGAAGAUUGAAGAUAGAUGCUUUUCUGUUGUUCUAAUUAUAAUAGAGAGGGUUUUUAUAUUAUAAAUUAAAAUUUAGGGAGGAUAGUGAUUCACACCCCAGACCUGAGGGACUGUAAAUGUAAUUUACCCAGCAAAGAAAGAAACAGUAAGGUGCCACUGCAGGUUAUUUCUUACCAGAGGGAAAGAGAGAUAGAAAUAUAUAAUAGAGAGUUGAAAGCAAGGUGAUAAAAGAAAGGUUAAUGCCUCCAUCAAAUGUUUAAUUUUCAACCCGAACACAAGAUUUACCCAUAAAACCUUUUUCGUCCUUUUAUCCUUAAUUACAGAGAGAAAUCUUUAGGAUACAGAAAACACAAAGAAAAUUCCUUUUUUUUUUUUUUGUUUGUCUACCUUUUUCUUGGAGGACGUAUAUAAAAAUUAAAACGCGACGCCUUUAAGAUAGAUACAGAUAAAUAUAGUUUUCGUCUUCUUUAUUUUGUGUGAAUCUUUAUUCUUUAAAAGAUUAUAUACGAUGACUAAAGACGAUGAUGACCCAGGAGAAAGAAAGAUCGAGUCAAAACCAUAUACAGGCUCAUAUUAUAAAUGGCUAACGAACUUUCAAAGAGAUCUGAUGGCUGGUGCUGUGUUGGGAGGUGUAGUGCACACAAUUGUGGCUCCAGUUGAGAGGGCAAAGCUGUUGUUACAGACCCAAGAAAGCAAUCUUGCAUUUAUGGGUGCUGGUGGAAGAAGGAAAUUUAAGGGCAUGAUUGAUUGUAUUGUCCGGACAGUUAAAGAAGAGGGUGUUCUUUCUCUUUGGAGAGGCAAUGGUAGUAGUGUGCUUCGUUAUUAUCCUUCUGUGGCUCUUAAUUUCUCUCUUAAGGAUCUAUAUCGAAACAUACUAAGAAAUGGCAACCACCAAGAUGGUAAUUAUCUGUCCGGUGCAUCUGCCAACUUCAUUGCAGGGGCUGCAGCAGGGUGCACAACAUUGGUAUUGAUCUAUCCACUUGAUAUUGCUCACACCCGCCUUGCUGCUGACAUUGGAAGAACUGAUGUUCGUCAAUUUCGAGGCAUCUACCAUUUCCUGUCUACUAUAUGCCAGAAAGAUGGGAUUCGGGGAAUUUAUAGAGGGCUCCCAGCCUCUCUGCAUGGAAUGGUUGUUCAUCGGGGGCUCUAUUUUGGGGGCUUUGAUACAAUGAAGGAGAUUUUGUCAGAAAAUGCUAAACCUGAAUUGGCAUUGUGGAAGCGUUGGGUUGUGGCUCAGGCCGUCACAACAUCUGCUGGAUUGCUGUCAUAUCCGUUGGACACAGUUAGGAGGCGAAUGAUGAUGCAGUCUGGCCUUGAACAACCAAUGUAUCAUAGCACGCUCGACUGCUGGAGGAAAAUUUACAGGACAGAGGGGGUGGCCUCAUUUUAUCGUGGGGCAUUGUCAAAUAUGUUUAGGAGCAGUGGAGCUGCUGCCAUAUUGGUUUUGUAUGAUGAGAUCAAGAAGUUUAUGCAAUGGGGUGGACUGUAGCAGGGACUACCUUUUUGUUAGUUAUACAUCCCAAAACAAGACGACAGUAGAGUAGAAUGAAGUUUUGAGGAUACAGACGGAAAAUCUUGUAGAGAACAAAUUAGUUCUACACAGCUAACAUACAACAAUAUCCUAGAUAACAUUGGUUUCCCAUAUUACCUUUUGAACCUCUGGCAAUUCAGCCUUGAUUUUUUUUGUUAACGAGCAAAGAGAUUAAUGUAGUUGAUAUACAUGUCAGGCUUGAUCUUUUCU